ACUAAUUAACGCAUGAUUAGCGAGAGAAUAAUAAUCACAGCCACAGUGCUGCAGUGGCAGCCCUAAUCCCCCUCCUCUCCUGCAUAUAAAUCUCUCUCCAGCUCGCCUUUGCACCAUCGCCAUUGCUGCAUCCCAGCUAAGCUCGAGAGAGAAGCGAGAGAGAGAGAAAGAGAGAGAGAGGUUGGUGCAUUGCGGCAAUGGAGAUCGAGGCGGCGAAGUGCGAGUGCUGCGGGCUGAGGGAGGACUGCACGGUGGAGUACAUCGCCGGGGUGAAGGCCGACUUCGGCGGGAGGUGGCUGUGCGGGCUGUGCUCGGAGGCGGUGAGGGACGAGGUGGCCAAGAAGGGCGGCGGCGGCGGCGGCGGCGGGCGGCAGCUGGAGGACGCCGUCAGGGACCACAUGUCCUUCUGCGGCAAGUUCUGCCGGAAGAACCCCGCCUUCCGCGUCGCCGACGGCAUGCGCCAGAUGCUCCGCCGCCGCUCCAGCGACAUCUCCGCCCCCUCCGGCGCCUCCUGAUCAUCACCCAUCAAGCUCCGGCGAGAGAGAUCAAGCUAUGAGCUCUGAACACGAAGACGACGACGAGCAAUUAAUGGCGCCGCGGCGGCGGAGCUAAUUAAGCUAAGCUAGAGGCUAAGCUAAGCUUAAGCUUAAGCUGAAGGCUUAACGCCAUUUUUAACCUCGAAAUCUCAAUCAAUCAGCUGCCUCGUGUGGAGAAGGGUCUCCGUUGAGGUGGUGGUGCCAAGUGUGAAGCCUUCUUUGGCCUAGAAGAUGGCUUCUUAAAUCUUAAUGAUGAACAUUAUUGUUCGAGUUUUGGUUAAUUGUAGCAAGGAUGAGAUUAAUAUUGAUUCAUUGUACAAGGAGAUGAAUAGAAGUUCAACCACUGCUGCAAUGUAGUAUUCAGUGGUUUCAUGAAUUCAAUUAAUUUGUUUAUAUU